AUGAGGAAAGGACUUAGGGAGGUCCCUGCAGCUCUGAUUCCAGCACUAGCCCCUCCAGCGGUGCUGCCCACAGGCUGCCCUCAUGGUGGCAUGCAGCAGAGGGCGAGCCUCUUUUUGGGUUUCUCUGGCCAGCACAGCCUCCUCUGCAACCUGCCCUCUGAUGAACUCUCACUAAUUCAAGCCCAGGCUGGUGAACAACAAACAAAAACAAACUAUGUUAAUCAACCCAUCCUGCAGCGACAAAAAGAAUUUGUACUACCUUCGAAAUUCCAAGAAGUAAACAUCAUUGCACCUUUGAAAAGCGCACUGAAAGUAAAACCUGGAAACCCCUCUCACAAUGGCCGUGUGUGCAGCACGUGGGGUAACUUCCACUUUAAGACCUUUGACGGAGACAUCUUUUACUUCCCUGGGGUCUGCAAUUAUGUCUUUGCAUCCAACUGCAAAUCUCCCUAUGAGGACUUCAACAUCCAGAUUAGGCGUACAACAGGGCAAAAUGCUACCACGAUUAAACACGUCAUCAUGAAGCUGGAAGGAGCAUUGAUUGAACUGACCCGCGGCUCUGUCCUGGUUGAUAGAAAACCGGUUCAGAUGCCCUACAGCCAUAUGGGAGUCUUGAUAGAGAAAAGUAAUGACUGUUUGAGAAUUUCUGCCAAGUUAGGACUGACCUUCCUUUGGAAUGAAGAGGAUGCCCUCCUGGUGGAACUAGAUAAGAAAUAUGCCAAUCAAACUUGCGGACUUUGUGGGGACUUCAAUGGAAUUCCAAAGUACAAUGAAUUUAUGUCAGAGAACACAGAACUCUCUCCCACACUGUUUGGGAAUAAGCAGAAGAUGGAUGGACCCACAGAGCAGUGUGAUGAUCCUCUUCCUCCUGCUGUUCUGACAAACUGCUCAGCUGAAUUUACUUCUAUCUGUGAGACAGUAUUAACCAGCAGAGCAUUUACAAGCUGUAAUGCACUUGUGAAUGCUCAGGACUACAUUGAAACUUGCAUACAAGACCUAUGCCACUGUGAUAGCUCUAUGGCUGACUUCUGCAUGUGCAACACCUUUGCUGAAUACUCCCGGCAGUGCGCUCAUGCAGGUGGACAGCCUCUGAACUGGAGGACCUCAGAACUGUGUCCCAAAUCAUGUCCUUUCAACAUGCAAUACCAGGAGUGUGGCUCCCCCUGCUCUGACACAUGCAGCAACCCGGAACGAUCCGCACUUUGUGAAGAUCAUUGUACAGAUGGCUGCGUCUGUCCUCCAGGCAAGCUUAUUUCCUGCCUUUUUCUCAUAGCCAAAAAAUGUCACUGUACCUAUGAAGGUGAAACUUAUGCUCCUGGUGCCUCCUUCUCAUCUAAAUGCAGAUCAUGUACCUGUAUUGGAGGUGAAUGGUCUUGUAUCACCCAGUCAUGCCCCGGGACUUGCAGUAUUGAAGGAGGCUCCCACAUUUCAACAUUUGAUGAGAAAUAUUAUUCCUUCUUCGGAGACUGUAGCUAUGUCCUAACCAAGCUCUGUGGCAGCAAUGAAUUCACUGUUCUGGGAGAUAUCCGCAAGUGUGGCCUGACUGACACAGAGACAUGCCUCAAGGGUAUAGCUGUCAGCCUAAAUGGAGGACAAACUAACAUUGUGAUCCAGCCUUCCGGCAGUGUAUUUGUGAAUACGAUCUACACACAGCUGCCAUUCUCUGCAGCGAAUGUCACCAUCUUCAGACCAUCAUCUUUCUUCAUUGUUCUGCAAACAACAUUUGGUCUUCAGCUACAGGUUCAGCUUGUGCCUCUCAUGCAAGUUUUUAUAGACUUAGACCCAUCACAUAAAGGGCAGACCUGUGGUCUCUGUGGGAACUUCAAUGAUGUGCAGACAGAUGAUUUCAAAACCACCAGCGGUAUAAUAGAGGGUACUUCAGCUGCCUUUGGCAAUACCUGGAAAACUCAGGCUGAUUGUCCCGAUGCCAAAAAUACCUUUGAGGACCCCUGUACUCUCAGCAUACAAAAUGACCAGUACGCUCAGCACUGGUGUGGACUGCUCUCUGAUCCCAUGGGACCUUUUGCUGAAUGUCACUCAACAGUGAAUCCAGAAGUUUACCGGAAGAACUGCAUGUUCGACACGUGUAACUGUGAGAAGAGCGAGGACUGCAUGUGCGCUGCCCUUUCCAGCUAUGUCAGGGCCUGUGCUGCUAAAGGAGUUCUCCUCACUGGGUGGAGGAGCAAAGCCUGCACAAAAUACACCACCUUGUGUCCGAAAUCCUUGAAGUACACUUACAAUGUCGAUUCCUGUCAACCCACCUGCCGGUCUCUGAGUGAGCCUGAUGUCACAUGCAGCACUAAGUUUGUCCCAGUUGAUGGCUGCACCUGCAUAAGUGGAACCUACAUGGAUGAAAGUGGCAAAUGUGUGCCUGCUUCUAGCUGUCCUUGUUACUACAAAGGAACGCCUCUGUCUUCUGGAGAAGUUGUUCACGAUAACGGUGUUGUCUGUACCUGCACCUAUGGAAAGCUGAGCUGCAUUGGCGAGAAACCUAAAGCUGUCUGCAUACCUCCCAUGGUCUAUAUUGACUGUGGCAAUGCCACCACAGAUGUGGUAGGAGCAGGAUGCCAGAAGAGCUGCCAGACUCUAGAUAUGGAAUGUUACACAACCCACUGUGUCUCUGGCUGUGUAUGUCCUCAUAAUCAAGUGUUAGAUGGCAAAGGUGGCUGUAUAGCUCCAGAAGACUGUCCAUGUGUUCACAAUGAGAAUUCCUACAGUCCAGGAGAAUCAAUCAGAGUUGGCUGUAACAACUGCACAUGUAGAAACAGAAAAUGGCACUGCUCCAAGGAACCUUGCCUGGAAACCUGUUCUGUUUAUGGAGAUGGGCAUUACACCACCUUUGACGGCAAACGCUUUGAUUUUGAAGGAGACUGUGAAUAUGUUCUGAUCCAGAACUACUGUGGUCAACAAGGUAUGAAUCAGGGAACCUUCAGAGUCAUCACUGAGAACAUUCCAUGUGGCACUACGGGAACCACCUGCUCUAAGUCUAUUAAAGUUUUCCUGGAGAACUACGAGCUGGUACUCAGUGACGGACACUCUGAUGUCAUCCAGAGGGCACCUGGAGGAAAAAUGCCAUUUCAAAUCCGUUCCAUGGGCAUCUACCUGGUGGUUGACACUACUGUUGGCCUGAUACUCAUGUGGGACAAGAAAACCAGUAUAUUCAUCAAACUUAGCCCCCACUUUCAGGAACACGUCUGUGGACUUUGUGGAAACUAUGAUGGCAAUGGAAAUAACGACUUCACUACUCGCAGUCAGUCUGUGGUAGGAAAUGUGCUGGAGUUUGCCAAUAGCUGGAAGGUGUCUUCUAGUUGCCCAAAUGCCAAGCGUAUGAAGGAUCCAUGCACUGCGAACCCAUACAGGAAAGCCUGGGCACAGAAGCAAUGCAGCAUCAUUACCAGCCAAGUGUUUGCAAAGUGUCACUCCCAGGUUGAGCCAAACGAAUAUUACCAAGCAUGUGUGGAUGAUGCUUGUGCCUGUGACACAGGAGGAGACUGUGAAUGUUUAUGUACAGCAGUAGCUGCCUAUGCUCAAGCAUGCAAUGAGCUGGACAUCUGCGUUUCAUGGAGAACCCCAUCCAUUUGUCCUCUCUUCUGUGAUUAUUACAAUCCACAAGGGGAAUGUGAGUGGCACUACAAGCCAUGUGGAGCCCCUUGUAUGAAGACCUGCAAUAAUCCAAGUGGGAACUGCCUUCAUGAGUUGAGAGGUUUGGAAGGCUGCUAUCCAAACUGUCCAAAGAAUAAACCCUAUUUUGAUGAAGAAACCAUGACUUGUGUUUCUAAUUGUGGUUGUUACGAAAAUGGAAAAAAUUACAAACCAGGAAUGCAGAUGCCUUCAAAGCAGAAUUGUCAAUCAUGUGAAUGCACAGAUCAUGGCAUAAAAUGCAAAUAUGAUGAAUAUGAAUGUGUCUGCAUUUAUGAGGGACAGAAUUACAGGUAUAAAGAUGUGGUCUACAAUACUACAGAUGGCACAGGAGGUUGUAUUGUCGCAACCUGUGGUCCCAAUGGAACAAUUCAAAGGGUUAUCUAUGAGUGUCCAAUCUCAACAUCACCCACAACAGGAACACCAUUUCACUUCAGCACUACACCGCCUGCCUCUACUUCCACAGUGUCACCAACUACAUCAGUAUGUGUUCAUGAAGUCUGUGAGUGGUCAGAAUGGUAUGAUGGGAAUCUGCCAACCCCUGGCUACAAUGGUGGAGAUUUUGAAACCUUGGAUGAUUUGAGAGCUAAAGGUUAUGAAAUCUGUAAAGCUCCAAAAGAUGUUCAAUGCAGAGCAGAGAAAUUCCCUAAUAUACCACUGAAAGACCUUGGCCAAAAAGUAGAAUGCAGUAAAACAGCCGGUCUUAUAUGUUACAACAAAGACCAAAUUUCAACAAUGUGCGACAAUUAUGAAAUCAGAAUCUUAUGCUGUGUCUUUGUACCAUGCUCUUCCACACCAUAUAUCAGCACAUCGACACCGAUCACAACUACAGCUAAGAGCACAGAAACAACAAGUCCAACUGAAGAAAGUACAUCAUUUUCAACAACAAAAACAUCACCACUUACUACAACUUCUGAGAGUACAACUGUAAUGACAACACCUGUCACUACUUCUCUGUCAACAACUCCCUUUUGCAUUAAAGAAGAAUGCCACUGGUCAAUGUGGUAUGAUGCGAGUUACCCAGGGUCUGGGUACAAUGAUGGAGAUUUUGAUACAAUUGAGAAUAUUAAAAAGAAGGGAUACAAAGUCUGUGAUAACAGAAAGGCUGUUGAAUGCAGAGCAGUAAGUGCCAUGCAAAACAACUUCGCCUAUCACACCACCAAAAUCAGAAACAACGUCGACUUAUUUAACAACAUCAAGUACAUCGUCCACAGAAGUAUCAACCAAACAUCAAACAACACCAUCAACAACGCCGCCGAAACCACAGCCUAUACACAGCACCGGUACACCACAAUCAACAACAAGCAUCCCAACUCAAACACAGACUACACUGAUGUCCAGUCCCAGUACACAAACACCUAA